CUUUGUCUCCCUUCUAAUUUACAGCUCUCAGAGAAAGAUAAACCUUAUGUGGAUAUCCAGGGCUUGACAGCUUCCACCAUGGAAAUCCUGCUGGACUUUGUGUACACAGAAACUGUGCAUGUGACAGUAGAGAAUGUCCAAGAAUUGCUCCCAGCAGCCUGUCUGCUUCAGCUGAAAGGUGUCAAACAAGCUUGCUGUGAGUUUCUAGAAAGCCAACUGGAUCCAUCAAAUUGUUUGGGCAUUCGGGAUUUUGCUGAGACACACAAUUGUGUGGAUCUAAUGCAAGCUGCAGAGGUCUUCAGCCAGAAACAUUUUCCAGAAGUGGUUCAGCAUGAAGAGUUUAUCCUCUUAAAUCAAGAAGAGGUUGAAAAGCUCAUCAAGUGUGAUGAAAUUCAGGUAGACUCUGAGGAACCAGUGUUUGAGGCAGUUAUCAACUGGGUGAAGCACUCGAAGAAGGACCGAGAGGCAUCACUGCCAGAGCUGCUGCAGUACGUGCGAAUGCCCCUGCUCACCCCCCGCUACAUCACCGACGUCAUCGACACCGAGCCUUUCAUCCGCUGCAGCCUGCAGUGCAGAGACCUCGUAGAUGAAGCCAAGAAAUUCCACCUUCGGCCUGAGCUCCGGAGCCAGAUGCAAGGACCCAGGACACGAGCACGGCUGGGAGCCAACGAGGUGCUGCUGGUGAUUGGUGGCUUCGGCAGUCAACAGUCGCCCAUCGACGUGGUGGAGAAGUAUGACCCCAAGACCCAGGAGUGGAGUUUCCUGCCAAGCAUCACUCGCAAGCGGCGAUACGUGGCCACAGUGUCCCUGCACGACCGGAUCUACGUGAUCGGCGGCUACGACGGGCGCUCGCGCCUCAGCUCCGUGGAGUGCCUGGACUACACAUCGGAUGAGGAUGGGAUCUGGUACUCUGUGGCCCCCAUGAACGUCCGCCGAGGGCUGGCAGGAGCCACCACCCUUGGAGACAUGAUCUACGUCUCAGGAGGGUUCGAUGGGAGUCGUCGUCACACCAGUAUGGAGCGCUAUGACCCCAACAUUGACCAGUGGAGUAUGCUGGGAGACAUGCAGACAGCACGGGAGGGAGCAGGGCUUGUGGUGGCCAAUGGAGUGAUCUACUGCCUCGGUGGCUAUGAUGGGCUGAACAUCCUGAAUUCUGUGGAGAGGUAUGACCCCCACACUGGUCACUGGACAAAUGUCACCCCAAUGGCCACCAAGCGCUCAGGGGCUGGAGUGGCUCUGCUCAAUGAUCACAUCUAUGUCGUUGGGGGGUUCGAUGGAACAGCACAUCUCUCCUCGGUGGAGGCAUACAACAUCCGCACUGACUCCUGGACCACCGUGACGAGCAUGACCACCCCGCGAUGCUACGUGGGGGCCACGGUGCUGCGGGGCCGGCUGUACGCCAUCGCGGGAUACGAUGGGAACUCACUGCUGAGCAGCAUCGAGUGCUACGACCCCAUCAUCGACAGCUGGGAAGUUGUCACCUCCCUGGGCAUGCAGCGCUGCGACGCAGGAGUCUGCGUCCUGCGGGAGAAGUGA